UUCACUCCCCGCGAUCCCGGACGCCAUUAGCAACAAGCGCCACAGCUCUCAGGAGGCUUCGGCUCCUAUCUCAGAGGAAGCUCCACCGUCUCUUCUCUGGUCGCUCUGAUCGCGCGAACAAGUUAAUUAGGUGUGCUUGCCGAUCUGGUCGUGGUGUGCUUGCCGAUCGCCAUGGCCGACGACUCAUCGUCCCCGGCGUCUUACAUCCGGCUGGUGCAGCAUCUGAUCGAGAAGUGCAUCUGCUACGACAUGAACAAGGAGGAGUGCGUGGAGGCGCUGGAGAAGCACGCCAACAUCAUGCCCGCCGUCACAUCCACCGUGUGGAAGGAGCUGGAGAAGGAGAACAGGGAGUUCUUCGAGACGUACAAGAAGGACAGAGGCGGUGAGUCGCCGUCGCAGAAGGGCAGUCCUUCAGACCAGGCGUCGACCUCAAGGAGCUCAGACGACAACGACGACUAGAGGCCGGCCGGAUCCAUGCAUAUAUGCAUGGCACUACACAAAACUAAAAUAUAUGAGGGUGUGUGUGUGUAAAUAAAUCGCAGCUAGCCACGCCACGCCACGCACGUACCCCUGGCUCAGCUCCAGCUGGAUGAUCCACCGAGCAGACACUCCUUCAGUUGGUUGGUCCAAAAUAGAAAAGAUUCAGAAUCACCAAUCCACAGGAGCGUCUGGAAUCUUGUAUGGAUACUAGUAAGCCAUGCUGUACACGUGGAGGAGGAGAAUGGACGUCCGUCCGGAGGAGACGACGGACGUACGCGGGCGUUGCGGUCUAUAAUUUGUACCCAUCUGUACAUACUCCUUACAUGUGAGCGGCGACUAGCUUGUUGCUGUCAGAGGAAAGCUGGCCCUGUCU